UCGGAGUCACCAAUUUGAUUUCAAUGGCCAAUCCUAAGGAUAGGCCAUCAACACUGUGAUCUCGAAGAACUACAAGGGAGGGCAAUUGCUAGAAGAAAUUAUUUAUUAAGGAGCUUUCCAAUUUACUAAUGAACUAAAUUUUGGAUGAGAGGUUUGCUAUGGUGAAGCUUAAAAGGGUACUCCGCCCAAAUACAUCCUAUCCCCUAUCCAAAGGAUAGGAGAUAAGUUGUCUGAUCGCAGGGGUCCAGCCACUGGGACCCCCAUGAUCUCUGUCCAGCACCUGUGCCUCACCCGGCAUUCUAAACAACAUAUUUAGAACAUUGGGUUUCUGCUGCCAGAGAUAUGACGUCACGCCACCUUGUGAAGUCACAUCCCCUCGUGAUGUCAUGUCUCCCGCCACGGGAACCCAGCAUUCUAAACAUACUGUUCUGAAUGGCUGGUGUGGCCCAGGUGCUGCGUGGAAUGGAUAGGGGAUAAGCUGUAUGUGGGUGGAGUACCCCUUUAAAGGAACUGUAUAGUCAGUGCAGUUGGAAGUUAGCUUUAAGUUGGGUGCUGUAAGAGCAAAGACGGCAACAAUGCAAGUCUCCCCGGACUUCUCUCCAUUCCCUCUCAGGUAGAGACCGGCCUCUACUGGCAUGAGAAAGUAAUCCUUCCAGACUGUCAGUGGUAAAACAACGGCAAACCAAACAGCGGAAUACCCCAGACAUGUCGCCCCCAUCGCAUUUACCUGGGCCCAUCGAGGUGGAACGCAAGUUUGUCCCAGGGCCAGAUGUCGAAAAAAACCUUUGUGCACUUGGAGCUAAGCUGCUUGAAGAGAUCACUUUUAGAGAUUCUUACUAUGAUAGCCCUGACCUGGGCCUUACGCUGAAUGAUAUGUGGCUGCGAAGGAGAGGAGACAGUUGGGAAUUAAAGCACCCACCACAACGGGGAGCAAGAGGCCAUAAAGGAGCUUCCACACAAUACAUGGAGCUUACUUCUGAAGAUGAUAUACUUUGCAGAGUGAGUGAAGAGCUGGGUGUCCCCUGUCCACUAAACAUUGAGUCUUUUGGACUAAAUGAAUUUGCUACCUUUGUGACACGCAGGCGCAGGUUCCAGUUGCCACUUACUGAAAACUCUAAUACCAAAGUUGUUGUAGAUCUUGAUGAGGCAGAUUUUGGUUUUGCAAUAGGUGAAGUGGAAGUCCUCGUAAAAACACAGGAAGAAGUUGGGAAUGCGCUCAAGAAAGUGGAAGAAAUCUGUAAACAACUAGGAGUGUUCCGAGAGACACCAGUCCAAGGUAAAGUGUCAACAUUUCUUCAGAUAAACCGUGCUGAUCACUACAGGAAGCUUCUUGAAGCCCAUGUCAUUUGACCCCUGUACAGACUCAACAGUCUACUGAACACUCCAUUGUACUAUAAUGAAUAAAGUUGUGUGCAGUUUAGAAUAAAUUUAUGCCAAGCAAGUUAACUAUUUUUUUACCAAAACUCCAUUGUCCAUUUUCCUUCACUGUCAUGAAACAAAUAACACAAAUAAUUUGCCAACCUGUAUCCUAUGUUGCAUCUAGUAAAGAUGAUAAAAUCUCUUAGCCACAUUUGCCAUUUUAAAACAUGUUUUACAUAAAUAAAUUCAACUAUUAGUUUUACAUAACAAGUGAAUCUCAAUAUUUCAUUUACGUUCUUAAAUAAUAAUUGGCAAACUGCAAACUUAAAGCAGACCUGUCAGCAGAAAUACAUGGGUGUAAAUAAGCACAUAGCUAGAAAAGGGCAGAGGCCAGGAAAGUCCAGCCCAUGCCCACUUGCAUCUGCCUACCUGUUUGACUGACAGCCACUAGCUAAAGAGGACAAAGGCUGGACUUAUCUAGGCUCUUGCUGGGUUUAGAAAGGACCCCUGGGCUUUUGAGCCCUAUUUGCUUAAAGGGUUUAUCCACCAUAAGAUGAUUUUAGAACGUACCUGCCAGGCAGUAAUGGACAUGCUUAGGAAGGAUCUGUUAAUGUCUUGGGGCUAUAUGGCUAUAUUGUGAGAUUACCAUAACGCUGUAGCUAUCUUUUUUGUGAACUGGAUAUUUCCUGAUGGAGUUCAUUCCCUCAAACUACAAAUCCCAUAGUUCCUUGAUUGUAAGUGUGAGGUCUCUUUUUCCC